GCCGCGCUUCUGCCAGUGCUCGUGCGCUCGAGGAGGUUUGCACAGCAGGGAUAUCUUUUAACACAUAGUUAGUCUUUCGGAAAUGAAUCCUCAAACUUGAAUUAUUUUCAUUUUACACCCGGUGUUUUUAAAUGAAAGCGGUUGUGCUCUAGAAUCGGCGUUUCUUCAUCUAUUCUGGGGAUUCCGCAGAAGCCGGUCCGUGGAGUGGUCUCGACAUGCCCCGUGACGCGCCCGUGGGUCAGCGGACAGCGGCUCCCCCGGUGCCGCCGCACAGGGCCCGGCCGGCCCGCCCGGGCGGCGCGCAGGAGCGGCCGCUGAAGUGCGUCCUGCUGGGGGACGGGGCGGUGGGCAAGACCAGCCUGGUGGUCAGCUACACCACCAACGGCUACCCCACGAAAUACGUGCCCACGGCCUUCGACGACUUCUCAGCGGUGGUGCAGGUGGACGGGACGCCGGUCCAGCUGCAGCUCUGUGACACCGCGGGGCAGGACGAGUUCGACAAGCUGCGGCAGCUGUGCUACCCACGCGCCGACGCCCUGCUGCUGUGCUUCAGCGUGGUCAGCCCGGCCUCCUUCCAGAACGUGUGGGAGAAGUGGGUCCCGGAGAUCCGCCGGUGCUGCCCGCUGGCGCCCGUGGUGCUGGUGGGCACCCAGUGCGACCUGCGGCAGGACGUGAAGGUGCUGAUCGAGCUGGCGCGGCGGCAGGAGCGGCCCGUGGCCGGGGGGGACGCCCGCGGGCUGGCCGACAAGCUGGGCGCCGUGGCCUACGUGGAGUGCUCGGCGCUGACGCAGAAGAACCUGAAGGAGGUGUUCGACGCCGCCAUCGCCGCCGGCCUGCGCUUCUCCGAGCGGCGCGCGCGCAAGGAGCGCCAGGUGCGCAGCACAGCCGACAAGAUGAAGACGCUGUCCAAGGCCUGGUGGAAGAAGUACGUCUGCGUGCAGUGACCCCGCGACCCCGCGGCAGGGGGCAGGGGGCAGGGGGCAGGGGCACGACCGUCCUCCCGCAGGGACCUGGGCACCCGGGGGUGGCCCUGUCACCACCGCCCCUCCGUCUCCAUCGCGUAUUUAUUUCACAAAGCUCACACAAAUGUUUUUCUCUCUCGGAAAAAUGCCCCGGUCAUGUCCUGUGGAUGAUUUUAUUUUGUAAUCGGAGCUGUGGUGAUUUGAAACAGCGGUGCGGGAAAUGAGAUCUGCGUCUGUCCGUUCUAAAAUGCAAAUCAGAUCGAACCUUCACAUUCCUCCGCGGUGUCCCUGCUCCAGCGCUCCCGUCCCUCCCCUGUCCUGUCCUCUUCUGACUCCACCCUCCAACCUCACUGACGGUCACUUCUCGUGUUCACUCCUGAAGAGCACCGUUCAAUCUCUGACCCUGUUAGCAUAGACUUACAAGCAUGUUGACUGUUGCUCAGGACAAGAGACCGAAGGCGUUCUGGACAGAUGGACAGAUGGGACCACAGUAUUGCUCCACACUUCUGUACAUACAGCCACUAAAAGAACUACAGGUAUUUCACCAGCAAUAAAUGUGGGUGAGAUAGGGAACUGUGAAUGAUCAUGUUGCUUCUCAUUUUUAAGAAGCUGUUCCUUUUUUUUUCUUCCUUUGGUGUUUUAUAAUGUGAUGCCAUGUGAAUGCUGAAGUUGCAGGCAGCCUGGGGCCCAUGUGACCCCCCAAAAGGCAGGCAGUGGCCAAUCGAAGUGGGGGAAUGGAUCCGAUUGGUCCGUAAUGGCCAGAGGAGCCUGUGGCCAAGCCAGUGGACUACACCUGCAGUCACAAGGGUUCUACAUGAGGCCCUGGACGGGCCCGGUUUGUCUUCUGCGUUGAGCCGCGGGUCUUACUGGACAAUAAGUGAUCAUGAGGUAUUCAGAUUGGCUCUUGCCUGCCUGUAGAACAAGUAGAAGCAGCAGCUGGUAUGUUGCUCAGUAGCCGGCAUCACCUUGGGAUGUACCUACCAGUCAGGUGUUCUUUGAUGCAAUAAAUAAAAAUCCUGAUAAAACUGUC